AUGCAAAAGGAAUUUUAUCUAUCUACGCACAUUGCAUACGCAUUCAUGAAUAGUGUCUCUACUCCGCCUCAAGUAUAUACUGCGGCAUUUCGCACCCUGCGCUCUCCCAACGACUGGGACCGGUCUUUGCAAGAUGAGGUGAAGCGAGAGUUAGAGUUGGCUCGGAAGGCCGAACAAGAGGCCGCGCUUCUAAAGGAUCGAUUCACCCAGAAGAUAGUUACACAGGAGAAGCCAUCUGCUCUUUCAAGGGUCAUGUUUUGGUGUCCAUCUUUAUUCGAUGAUUCGGUCGUGGGAACGCGCGAGCAAGUAGAUCAAGCAAUUGAUGAGUAUUUGGAAUCUGAAUCAUCUAAAAAUCUACCGGAAGCAGCCACCCUUACAGUGAUUCGUCAUUUACAGUUGAGCAAACCGCCGGUACUACCCGACAUCCCAAUAUCUGAACAACCAACUGCAUCAGAAUGUCGGGAGAAGCGACGACAAAAUUUUGCGCGUAUUCUGUCGAAUCUCAUACAGAACCCAGAGAAUCCUACAUUUCGGCGUUUGCGCNCAUUGGCAUGCAAGUUCACUCGCCAGUCUCUUCCUGGAUUGAAACCACCGCAAACAGCUGAGGAAACUGAAGAAUCAAAACCGGAACCCGAGUUGGAGCCGUUUUUGGUAAUCUCCGAAUCAGAUGCAGGGAAUGUUGACCAUUUGAAACAUAUGCUAGAACUAUUGAAUACCGCUGAACCGAUUCUGGCUGAACUCUAUCGAGAUACCAAAGUCUACAUGAUUUCAGGAUCCUCAUCUGGUAUGCCUUCCAAAGAACAGUUGCCCGAUGAAUACUUUUGUCUCAGUCGUGACGAGGCCAAACGUCUGAUGGAACAAAACCAACGCACUAUCGAAGAGAGCGGAAUGCUACUGACCAAAGCUAUGCGUGAGCGUUUGCGUAUACAAGAAGUUCGCCUGUUUCGCUAUGUUCUUAUUCGUGUUCGACUUCCAGGAAACUUUGUGAUUCAGGGCACUUUUUAUGCGUCGGACACGGUUUUGACCGUGCGUAAUUGGAUUACCGAAUGUUUGGCUGUUCCAAGUACCGAAUACCAACUAUGGGCACCGCCGGGCACAGUUAGUGCCGGUCGCUCAAACGCUCCACCCACUGCACGCCUGGAGUUGACGAAAGAAACUUCUUCCUUGGUGGAAUGUGGUCUUGCCCCUUGCAGUUUACUGACUUUAUCCAUUCCGAGUUCUAGUGGAAGAGGGACAUCACCGGAGCCAAGGUCAUCCUCAUCACCGUCUCCUCAAGUUCUGUUACGAUCGGAUCUACUGGAGAACGUGGCUCAACUGUGA